AGACGAUCUUUCAUCGUUUGGUCCCAGUCGUAGUCACUUCUUCCAGUUUCUGGUUCGUUUCAUCCAUUAGCUCGUCACAUUUCAACAAUGGGGCUUUUCGAGGCUUCGAACAUGUUGACACUAGUUUUAGUGACUACUCUGGGUUUGGUCUGUGGCUCUAUGCUGCCUACAUCCCAGGCAGAUAUGGUCUUGGAUGCAUUGCACACGCACACCACUGCGUUUAUGUACCCAACUCCAGAGCCCAAUGCCACUGAAGAUCGUCUUCACAGCUCUAACAACGGCGGUGACUCGAAUCCGAUCGUUCCUGACGAACCGAUCAUUCUCGACUACCACCAUGGUCCCAUUAUGACAGGAAAGAACGAGAUGAUCAGGCUGAAUGUCGUAUUUUACGGUACCUUCUCCAACAAACAGAAAGCGACUUUGCGUCUAUUUUUCAGAUCAUUUUGGAACAAUGCUGUUGAGCUCGAGCAGAAUGGCUACUGGCCCACAGCAGCCAAAUGGUGGCAGAUCACUCGUCGCUAUGUGGAUCUACACAAAACCCCGAUCGCCCGCAGUAUCGUCCCAGGAGGAGAGAUGCAGGAUUGGUACUCCCAGGGGAAGAACCUUCGCCAGUCCAACAUCCAGGCGAUUGUCAACAAGGCCAUGAAGCAGAAGGACAUCGGCUGCGAUGCACGGGACAUGUACCUCGUCCUCACCUCCGACGACGUGCUCGUCGAGAAGUUCUGCAUGAGCAUGUGCGGCACUCACUACUACCUCUUCCCCUCGCAGACUGAGAACGCUCAGAUGGUGCCAUACGGAUGGGUCGGCAACCCCGGCAAGCAGUGCCCUGGCCUCUGCAGCUGGCCUUACGCUCCUGGAGGCUUCGUCAAGCAGGCCCUGAUCCCUCCCAACGGAGACGUGGGUAUCGAUGGAAUGAUCAUCACCAUCGCCAACAUCAUCGCCAGCAUGGCCACCAACCCUUACGACAGCGGCUACUACCAGGAGGGCAGCCAUCUCGAAACAGCUGCUGUCUGUCAAGGCAUGUUUGGAACCGGCUCCUUUUCUGGCUAUCCUGGUGAGCUUCUCGUUGACAAGGCUACCAAGGCUAGCUUCAAUGUGUAUGGAGCAUCGAAUGCUAAGUUCCUGCUUCCAUGGAUUUGGAACCCAGUAACCAAGCAGUGUGCUGGCCAGGUCUGAUGGAACCGUUCUCGAGCUUAGUCAAGCACCGUGCACGGCAUCCUUGUUAUAUGGGUAUGUGAGGGUGGUUGCUCAUUUCAACCUGUGGAACACUGCUUCCGGGGGUUUGUAUAUAAGAUCCUGGAUCGAUAGUAGAGCGACAGCAGUCUCUCAGAUGUGUAAAGACUUGAAAUUAUUAGUGGUUUGUUUGUGGGAGCUCUGUGCCUGAAGCAUCGUAGUAGGUGAUGUCUCGGGACAGGACGGAAUAAGGUGUACAGCUUCAGUUUGGACUACUUAGAUAAUAGGCACUUCUUCCAUACUCUGCAAACGAGAAUGAAGGAAAUCGUCGACCGAGAAUUUGAGCCACAAACGCUGCAAUUGUACAUAUAAAAGCUUAUCAAAGGUCUUGACAGAUUUGUUAUGACCUCUUUGAUAAACUCCAGAGAGUAAAUCCAGGCUUAUGCGAACACUCCUUUUCUUU